UUAUUGGCCCAAAGUGUUUGAUCCGGUCCAUUUCAUCCGAUCUAUCUGCUCAUCUCUCUCCGCCAGACGGUCGUACGCUAUAUUUGCUCUCUCCGGUUCCAUCUCAUCUCCCCCUUCGUCGGACGCAGUCGAACUACACCCCCACGCCGUUCGUCUAACUCAUGCCCUGAGCAGGUUUAUGUAGGUAAAGAUUCACCAAUACCUUUUGGCAAAAGGGGGAUUACAACUUACUUAAUUGCAAAGUAGUGUUGAAUUUCUAGAAAAACUCUGAUUUAGGUCUUGGAAAAUGUCCAGUGGAGAGGUGAAGAAAGUCUCGCGUGAAGAUAUUCAGCUGGUUCAAAAUCUCAUAGAACGGUGCCUACAGCUUUACAUGAACCAGAAAGAAGUUGUGAGCACCCUCCUACACCAAGCCAAAAUUGAGCCAGGCUUUACUGAACUUGUGUGGCAAAAGCUUGAAGAAGAAAACCAGGAAUUCUUCAGGGCAUACCGGUUGAGGUUAAUAGUGAAGGAUCAAAUAUUGAGAUUCAAUGAGUUGCUUGAGAGGCAAGCUAAGCUAAUAAGUCAGAUGUGUCCAGCUGGAGUGAGUUCGAUUCCCCUGGUUAGCGGUGGAUCUCAAAUUCGUCAAUUGCAUGAUAACUCUACCUGCACAACAACUGAUAACAUUGGACCGGUCAUGAAGGCUGACACCAUGAGCCAAAAUAUGAAUGCCAGUUUACUUAAUGUAUACUCGAAUAGCGUGUCCUCCCUACAAACUCGUAUGGAAACUGCCCUUGAUAUGUCCACUCAUCAUCCACGGAGGAUUAAUGUCUUACCAAGCACCCUGCUGGCUCAGACUGCUAGUGGGGGGUUGAUGCAUGGGGGACAACUCAUCAAAUCAGAAGCAGCUGCUGCUCCUGCUUAUCGUCAUCCUGCCAAUCCUCAUUUUAUGUUUGGUAGUGACAACAAUGUUAUGGAAAGCCGUCCUGCCAUCACCGAUGCGUCCAUUUCAUCCUUCAGUAGUGUGGAAUCUAAUUCACAGAACCUGAAUGAGACUGUCUUGGAUGCCGCUGAUACAUCCUUUGGGUUCUUGGGGCAGAUUCCCCGCAACUUCAGUUUGUCUGAUUUGACAGCUGAUUUUGCUAACAGUUCAGAAGAUAUUUUAGAGACAUAUUCGAGAUCGCCUUUCCUAGCUUCAGACACAGAUAGCUUCCUGGAUCCUCAUUGUAUGAGAGAGCACCGAGGCCCAUUUGCUCCGUAGAUACAACCCCUGGAGGAGUGUCGUGUAAAUAAGGAAUGGGACAUGCGAAGCUUUGAGAAUGUGUAGGCUGGGUUGAUUUAUUGGUCGGUGUAACUCUUGUGGAUAAGAAAUAUUUAGUCAUUCUAAGGAAUGGGUGGGUAUAUGUGCAUUUGUUUUGUGCAAAUAGUUUUAUUACAGGAAAAUAAUCAGUAUGCUUUUAUGUGAAUGAAUGGCGGUGCUGAUAAUAUGAUGGAAUUGUGAAACGUUCAUACGACCUGCAGCUUUUUAGUUUUUACCACAAGCAGAAAUAGUGCUAAAUUUAUAGCUAAAUUGUGACCG